UAGCUCUAUAAAGUUUUAAACCAAAGCAGUGCUUGCACAGUUGCACCAGGCUAAUGGCAUAAGCAUUGUACUGCCAACCUCUAGAAACCCCUUUUUUUAACUUUAAACUCUCAACAAGAUCCUCCUUGAUCAUCUUCUUCAUAUAAUUCCAGGAAUUUCUAUCCCUAAUUUUUUAUGGUUUUCCUCUAUAUAAUCAAUUAAAUUUCUCUGAUUCUUUUUUCGAUUAAACGAAGAACAAUUAGAAUUAGAAUUACAAUUUGAUUCAUUGAUCAAUGGGUGUGAAGAGGCCAAGAAGUGUGCAUGACAAAGCAAUUUUGGAUGUUUGGCGAAGAGAGGUCGGACAACUCUCUUCUAGAAGCUUCGCUCAUCGUCUUACCGCUUCUGAGGAUUUUGUCCUUAGACUUGAUAUUUUGAGGAAGUUGGAGAAGCAUAGAGGCUGUGUAAAUACAGUGAGCUUCAACGCGUCUGGUGAAAUUCUUGUGUCUGGUUCUGAUGACAGGAGAGUUAUAUUAUGGGAUUGGGAAGUUGGCAAGGCCAAACUCUCAUUUCAUUCUGGUCAUAAUAAUAAUGUGUUUCAAGCGAAAUUCAUGCCUUUCAGUGAGGAUGGCAGCAUUGUUACUUGUGCAGCAGAUGGACAGGUUAGACAUGCACAAAUUCUUGAAGGUGGGCGUGUAGAGACCUCUUUGCUUGGUAGGCAUCAAGGCCGAGCUCAUAAGUUGGCUAUUGAACCUGGGAGCCCUCACAUUUUUUAUACUUGCGGUGAAGAUGGAAUUGUUCAACAUUUUGAUCUGAGAACUAAAGCUUCUACAGAACUUUUUACCUGCCAUUCAAAUACUAAGUGGGGGAGUGACUUUACAAUUGUGCAACUAAACACUAUUGCAAUUGAUCCUAGAAGUCCUAAUCUGUUUGCAGUUGGAGGGUCUGAUGAGUAUACUCGGAUUUAUGAUAUUCGAAGAUAUAAGUGGGAUGGCUCAACUGAUUUUGACCAGCCCAUAAACUUCUAUUGUCCUGAGCAUCUGGUUGGUAAUGCGCAAGUAGGGAUUACAGGUCUGGCGUAUUCUGACCAAAGUGAGCUUCUUGUGUCCUAUGAUCACGAGCAUAUAUAUCUCUUCGCUAAAAAUAUGGGAUGGGGACCAAAUCCUCCUACUGCUCCAUCAUCUUCUGAGUCAACAUGCAGUGAUAUUGAUGAACCUGGCCGUAAUGACUCUUCUGAGGCAGUUACAUCCAUCAUGGAUACAGAAAAAAAGCCUGUUCCCCUAGUGUUCAAGGGCCAUCAUAAUCGUGAUACAGUCAAGGGUGUAGGUUUCUUUGGGCCGAAAAAUGAGUAUGUGGUAAGUGGAUCUGAUUGUGGCCGGAUAUUUAUCUGGAGAAAGAAAGAUGGAGAGCUCAUUCGUGUCAUGGAAGCUGAUAAGCACGUGGUUAACUGCAUUGCGGCACAUCCACAUACUGCAGUUCUUGCCAGUAGUGGAAUUGAGAGUGACAUCAAAAUAUGGACUCCAAAGGCAGAGGAGAGAGCUACUUUGCCUGCCAACAUAGACGAGUUGAGGCCAAGGCAAAGGGACUGGAUGUAUCAUGUGACUUCGCCUCAGGAGCUGCUUUUGCAAUUAGUUUCUCUGGAAAAUCGCCUAUCAAGACCAGAGCAAAGCGGUAAUUCUGGUUCUGGACAAGAUUUCAUGGAACUUAUACUGUCUCUGAGCAGGCGCAAUGGUGAUUCAUCUGAUGAUGGAGGAGAUGAUGACAGUGGCCCUGAAGAUUUCUUCAGCUGAUUCUACUUAAUAUUGCAGGGUCAUCUUCCCUUUCAUGGAAAAGGAUUUUGAACUUAAGUUGUAAAUAUUGACAUAGAGAAUUAUUGUCAAUUACUUCUUGUAAUUGUUUAAAAGAUUUAUCAACAGUCGCCUUUUUUAUUAAAAUAAACUGUAUCUUAAGCUUUUGCUCUUCCUCUGAUGUAUAUAUAAUUCCUGAAUUUUCGCAUGCAU